GUCACGCGUAAAUGUCAGACGCGUUCGUGCGUUGGCUUUUCGCGUCGACCACAACCAACUGCACGACUUCUUCUCCUCUCUGGACAUCUUACUACGUUUCCCUCGACUAAUUAUACAAACAGGAAAGGUUGUUGAACAUAAUUACGAUGUCUGAGCCCAAGAAGAAAGCUGGUGCUAAACGUGGCCGGAAACCCAAAGCUCUGCAGAAUAGCUCGGCGCAAAGAACGCUGAAGGAUAUGUUUGGGAACCAAGCUUCCUCCUCCGCUGCUAGUCUGACCAGCGUACCGUCAGGCGCUGAAGUGGUAGACGUGGACGCACAAGCAGCUGGAGAACGUUCCGAUAAUUACGGUGCUUCCGGAGCUCAAGUGCAUACAGAUGAAUCUAAUACUGUUAAAAGAAAUGAGGUUUCAGCGGCUUCAGAUAAACGUAUGCCCAUAUAUCCAAUGUUUUUAAAACGUCAGGCACCCUCCGAGAGUUCACGGAAUACAGGCCCCCCGACACAAGCAGAGAAUGAUGAAGUUAUCGAAAUCCUUGCUGAAGGUUCGGACGUGGAGACUAAGAGAGCACCACCAACACAGUUUCAGCGUGCGCCAUUACGGCCUAUUCCAAUUACCCGAAGAGAUUCUACACCUGGUCAAAGCCGUGAAGACCCCAUAGUAGUGGAAAUGUCCCCGGAGAGACCAACGACCGCUAAAACGUCGUCCAAAGCGGUUUGGUCAAUAUUCCAACCCUCAGAUUCACGCCCUUCUUCUCCUACAAAGCAGCAGUUCAAAAAAGCUUCUCAGGGUUGUUUACAGCUCCCAUACCCUACCAAGGACACACAACAUGUUCGUGGCCCUCAAGUUGCCUUCGAAGGUCCCGCGUCACCGUUCCCUCAACGCGAGAAAGGGAAAGAAAGGGCUCGAGAAAUUGAAACAGAGCUCCCUGUCUUCCUCAGAGCAUUUCAGAAGCUGAAAACUGAUCAUCAUGAUGCAAGCGCGAACUCUGACGCAGCACAUGUUGUUCGUUCCUCUGUGCCCAAUUUAGCUCUCCCCGAUAACAUCCCGCGUGCGUAUAGGGCGUAUCCUGCUAUUGCACGCCUUUCCAACGAGGCGUUCCUGCAAGAUAUCAACCGGCAGGGUUCUCGUAAUUUGCAAUGGACAGAGAAGUGGCGACCCAGAAGAGCGGAUGAAGUUCUUGGUAAUGAACAACGUGCACUCUAUCUUAGGGACUGGCUGGUUGCCUUGCGGUUACAGUUUGACAAGCACGGACAACCGGAAGCAGAAGCUUCUAGUCAACGCAGAAAGCGAAAGUUGGCGAAAUCUAAGAAACCUCAGAUUAUCCGUCAAGUCAGGAAGCGACGCAGAAUUGACUAUGAUGAUCUCGAUGGCUUUGUUGCCCCGGACGAUGAAUUCGAGGAAUUCGAGGACACGAUGUACGAGUCAGAAGACGAUCUCACUCAUUUCUCUACGAGCCAGGUUUCGUCUCCGGUACCUUCAACAGACAGCUCUCCACCUUCCCCAUUUCCCUCCUCGCCUCCACCUGAAGAACUUGACGAUGGUUUUUGUCCCACGUUCUCAUUAAGGCCUGUUCAUUUUGGACAGACGUUGCAUAAUACCAUUCUUCUUACUGGACCAAGCGGAUGUGGGAAGACCGCUGCAGUAUACGCAUGUGCCGAAGAGCUCGGCUGGGAGGUCUUCGAGGUAUAUCCGGGCAUAGGAGAACGAAACGGUCCUGAACUGCACAAACUCAUUGGUGAUGUUGGCAAAAAUCACCUGGUCAAUGCCAAACGCAAUAACCCUAUCUCGACACCCUCAUUCUUUCAGAACAACGGGAUAAAGCGGCGCAAGCAAGUUAUUCUCUCGGACGAUGAAGAACAAGGUCAUAUUGACGUAGAACAACAUCUCGAGCCUGCUCCGGCUGCUCCGGAACCAUCUAUCAGCCAAUCCUUGCUCCUUAUAGAGGAAGUGGAUGUCCUCUAUCAAAGCGACGCCGGUUUCUGGCCAGCUUUAAUCAAUAUUAUCAAGGAGUGUCGACGGCCAGUGAUCUUGACAUGUAAUGACAGCUCUCUUGUACCUUUGGCCGAUCUCCCCUUGCAGACUACCCUCGUAUUUGAACCGCCUCCAUCAGCGAUUGCUGCAUCUUAUUUUCAAGCUAUUUGCCAAAUCGAAGGUAUUCUGAUUAGACAUGACAGCCUGGAAAUGCUUUACGAAGGUGAAAGUCUUCGAUCUCCACUUGGCAGUUCGCAAUACCCCACUGGCCGACAUGACCUCCGCCGCACUAUCAACCAGCUUCAAUUAGGACACCUACAGGACCAUGUUUCGCUUACGGAAGCAGAACAACCCCAAACUGAUGAACCUCCUGCGCCGGAUGACAAGUUGAUUGCACGACUUAGCCUACUACAUGACAUAUGCUCUGUUCUGGAUUGCCUCACUCGAGAUGAUAUAUUGGGAACUGGGGAUACGGAAACCCUAGAUGAGUCACCGUCUGCCGAUGACGAACUAGGAUACAAAGUGUUGCGAUUGGGUUCGGCAACAGUUCGACAACCAGUAGUAUCUGUAUUCCAUGACAAAGCCACGGCCAUAGUCGACGAAGCCGCGAUGAUAUCGCGCAGUCUACUGUCUGCGUUUAAUGCGCCCAUACCAUUGGAACCGCUUAACAGCGCUGACCAAUCUUUGCCUGCGGAACGCACAACGUUCGCAGCUGAGCUAACAUCCGUGUUCGAAACCUGCAACCUACCGAUGUCUAUUCUUGGACAACCCCCGUUGUACUUGGAUUACGCACCAUGGAUCAGAUAUAUGGUGGGCGUUGACGAUGCGGCUAUACAGAAAUUAGCCUCUCCAUCAGGCCAAGUUGGGCGACAAACGCGGAACAGUCAAAAGGCCGUCAGUGAACGACGGUAUUUGGACCAUUUCAAGGAGAGGGAGCUGCAUGUAUUGGCUGUAACAGCGUUUCGUAUGGAUGAAUAGUUACCAAUGUAUGAUUUCAUUUGACAGAACAAUGACGCAGGAAUGGAAUAUGAAAGGAGGAAUCAAAGGAUGACAUUGGAAUCAAGAAAUAAGCCCUCAUGGG